AUGGAACUGUGUGAUUGUUACAAGUGCCUUGCCCAACUACCUGAAGGAAAGUACGUCGCUAAACGAACCCGGCAAGCACAUUUCAAGGCACAACAAAACCGUCAAGAACCUAGCCCUCUGGCCAAUCUCCAACAGCUAUCAAUCUCAAAUGAGCAGUCUACAGAUCCACCCCUUGCCUCAACUCCUACGGUAGAAGAAUUGGAAAUCAAUUCACAAUCUUCCAACUCUGAUCAAAGUAAUUCUGGUUUUUCUGGAAGCAAAGGUGCUCAAAUGAUCAGUAAGGAGACCAUCCUUUCCUCUUUAUAG